AUCACCCAUGACUCACAUCUUGUCCGGACGAGAUUAUACUGGAGAUUCACUAGGUUCGGAGAUGCCACACGUGCAGGUUGCUCCUCGGACAGGUGCGUGAAGGUGCGGAGGAUGACCAGGGGAGACAUGUGGAUAACGGCGUUGCUUCUGCUUCUACCCGCCAUUGCUGUGGCGGAAGAUGAAGAGAUCGCAGAGUUCAAGUUUCUGCACGUGAUAACGGACAUUCGGUACCGCUUCGCUAAGACAAUGGUAACAGGCGGAAUCUUCAACACAGCAAACAUCACUGCCGAGGUCGCCGUUGAUUUGACGCUUCCCAACUCUGCAUACAUCAGCGACUUCUUCUUUAUAUACAAUGGUGUGCAGUAUGAUAGCACCAUCCACGAAAAGGAAACCGCGGAAAGGUCGUAUACAACAGCAAAAGCACAGGGAGAAGCUGCAGGGCACGUGAGCAAGAGUGCCCAUGAGACGAACAAGUUCAUAUUAAACCUGAGUGUUCCUCAAAAUGCCAACCUUACCUUCAACCUGACGUAUGAGGAGGUGUUACAAAGACGUGAUGGUGUCUACACACACUCCAUCUACAUCGACCCUGGCCAGCCUGUUCCCGACAUGAAGAUAGACGUCGCUGUACAGGACACACGUGACAUUACGACCCUCAAAGUCCCGCCAAUAUACAGCAACAGCAUAACAGAUGUAGACAUUACUGAGAACAACAACCUGGCUGUCGUACAGAGACCCACCUCCAACUCUGCCUACAUUCGCUUCUACCCUACCCUGGAACAGCAGUUGUCUCGGUGGGCAGAAGGACUCUCUGGGGUCUUCUCUGUGAUGUUUGAUGUUCACAGGGGCUUUGAUGCUGGGGAUCUCCUGGUCUCAAAUGGAUACUUCAUUCACUUCUUUGCCCCUGCCAUUCCCAAUCCAAUCCCUAAAGACAUCGUGUUUAUCCUGGACACAAGCACAUCCAUGUACAACGGGAAGAUGGACCAGCUCAAGGCCGCCAUGAAGGUCAUCCUCAGAGAUCUCAGGGCAGACGACAAGUUCAACGUCAUCUCAUUCAGCUCUCGUGUCCGAUUCUGGCAGUCUGACAUGGCGGAAGCAAACAAUGCCGAGCGUGCAGUCAAAUAUAUUGACUCACUCAAAUCUGUAGGCUGGACAAACAUCAGGAAGUCACUUGUUUCUGGCCUGGAAUAUUUGAGUGAAAGGCAGAGGUCAUCUGAGGGAGCACUCAUUAUGUUUCUCACUGAUGGAAGAGCAACUUCAGGAGAGCGUAAUCCUAACAUGGUUCUACAGAAUGUGAGAUCGGCCAACAAGAAGGACAUCCCUGUUUACACACUGGCUUUUGGGAAGGAUGCUGAUUGGGAACUCGUCAAGAAACUGGCGCUCCAGAACUUUGGUAUUACGAGAAGGAUCUACACAGAUGGUGAUCCUGCCAGACAGAUACAGAACUUCUACCAGGAGGUGUCGUCAGCCAUGCUUCACGGUGUCACGUUCAGGUACAGCGACACUGUGACUUCCGGGACACAACAAAACUUCACAAACUACUUAGAUGGAUCUGAGCUUAUUGUCACUGGCGUCCUUGACUCUCAGAUAGACCCCUUGACCACAAACAUCAUAGGGACGUCUGCCAGUGGACCUGUAAACCUGAAGUUGACAAGUCCUGUAGUGGAUCUAAAGUCACAGUUCGAGGCUCUAACACCCCUGUACGACGACUUCAAAGUUGAAGGAAUACUGCAGAGAAUGCAUGCAUACCUUUACAUCAGGGACCUUAUGCAACAGAGGGUUGGCGAGACUGACAGGAGCAAGAGAGAAACCCUGAAGCAGAAAGCUCUUAAAUUGUCCCUUAAGUAUCGCUUUGUGACUCCUUUCACGUCAUUAGUCGUCGAUGUGAGAUAUCAAAAGAGGGUGCCUGACCUCCGCCGGGAUGAAGAUCUGUACUUUUUCAAAGAAAAGGUUCUGCCCACUCCUCCGCCAUAUGUGAGACGUUACUAUGGCGGUGGCGGUGGCGGUGGCGGCUCAAGCAGGGGAGGAGGUGGAGGUGAUCCCCACUUCAUGGUGUUCAUGGAGGGACUCAAGUACCCCGUCUGUUUUGACGUGCAGGGGAAGGACAAGUCCAUUUACCAACUGAUACAUGAUCCACAGACAGAUUUAACAGUGAAUGCACGAAUGGGCAAAGGUAAAAAGCACACACGACAAGGCGGUUUCAGAAAGUACAUGAUGGAGAUUGCCAUCAUGUUCCAUGACCUUCACCUUCUGGUAACCCGUAGCAAUAUCUCCUUGCACGAGGAAACCUAUUCCUGGGACAAUGAGUACAACAUGACAGUGCCUGGAGCUCGGCUCUUCAUAAAGAACGUCACAAGACGCAUCACCCGACUGUCAGUGGUGUUUGACAGCAGGUUCCAGAUCGACAUCGUGAGGCAUAUUCACUCGGCCGCAAACCCUUUAGGGGGAAACUUCCUUAACAUCGAGCUUGGGAAUGAAGAACUUCUAUCUGAAGAUUCAGAUGGCAUCAUCGGGCAAUUCAUCCACAAGAAAAUCCGGCUUCAGACCAUCACAUACAGAAAUGGACACCUUGUGGGACACCUCCGUAGCAUCACUGGACUAGAACGCCGCCAUGGACGGGCCCACAUCAAACACAGGCACGAUCCCGUGUGGAACGAAACGGUUUCCUGCUGGUCGCUUAGAGAACAGGCGAAGCGACUGUUUGAUGCCCCUCCUAAGUACUACAUCGUUGACGACAUGUACCAGACAACGUUGUCUUGAACACGUGGUCGUCAAAUGUAUUGAUAUGUACCAGACAUCGUUGUCUUGAACAGACGUUCGUCAAAUGCAUUGAAAUGUACCAGACAACGUUGUUAAGAGAUGCUUGAAUAAUAUUCUGACAAUAGAUGUUGACGUUACUCAAUAAUCAUUUAUCUAACCAAGUUUUAUGCCUACUUCCCAUUAUGACAACAGUUACUGUUUCAAUACACAGACUUCAUGGUUUGGUCAGUUACUACCUAUCAUCGCGCAUACGGAGUUGGAGUGGUCAAAACAGGAAAAAGACAAAACAGAUUCUUUGAAGUAUACAUUAUGACUAAUGUUUUUAUACACAUUCAAGUGAAUUAUUCAUUCAUCUAUUUAUUAUACUCCUGAAUUCAACUCUAAGUUUGAGAAUAAUGUAAUAUAUACUACUCAAAAGAAGUUAAGGAUCACCUGAUUCUUCCAUAUUACAAUAGUUAAUCUCUCAUGCCAUGACAGAUUAACAUUACCAAUAUGAAAGCAUCGGAUGAUCCUUAACUUCUUUUGUGUUGUAUACAUUUUUGGGAUGAGAGGAGACUGAGCAAGUACAUUAUUCUGCAGAUAGGUUCAUUUACGCCCUUCUUUUUGUACUGGUCAAUAUGGGAAUAGUCAUAAUAGUAAAGAACUAUAAUGCACAGCAUAUACAUAAUACUAUUGUAUAGUUACUUAUUGGCGUGGUUGCAUUCAUUUCAUUAUGAUUUCUUGCACUCGUGAGAUGGGACACUGCAGCUAUUCGGAGAUAGCAUAGUCAGUAUACAAUCGUGUGUACCUUAAGGAGGAGUACUGUUGGAAUGUAUGUCAACACGAUGUUCAAGAUACUCAAAUCUUGAUUGGAGGAGUAUGUGUGCUAAAAAGGAAAUAAAGCGAGAAUGAAUAAUGGAAAAA